AUGGACGUAAUCACAAAGAGAACAACUCAAUCACAAUAUGAAGAAGAUUAUAUUAUAAACGAGUCAUUAUCCCGAUACCGUGCUCUGCCUUACAGCGGACAGGACGAAUUGAUUCGAUGUGCGCUCAAAUCUAUCCUGUUUAGCUACUUUCAUAAUCAAAGAACACAUGUGGGUUUUAUCACUGAACGCCAAUCUUUGUGGCUACUCAUCCAAUCUGGUCUGAGCAAUUUGUGCACAAGGCAAGGAUUGGCAUUUGUGAGUUUCCGUGGAAUACACACGCUGGUAUUCACCUCACUCGCAGCUGGUCGUGUGCGCAUCAGUGCAGAUUGUUAUGUGGAUUUUUUUCUUCCCCGUUUUACUAUGGAACUAUCCAAGACCAUGAAAGCCCCGCACUUUACUGUGGAAAGUAUGUAUGCCACACUGUUGGAUCCGGUAGUAGACAAUUUUCGACUAAUUAAGUGCGGUCUACGAGAGAAACUGAUUGUUUCAUGCAUUAUGAAUAACCGUCAAUUAUUCGGUAUUGCUGGUCGAGGGGAAGAUGAUUAUGGAACAAUCUCGAAAGGUACACAUGGUCACAUCGGUGGUCGAUGA